AUGCUGGGCAAGCUACCAAGACCAUGGAUAGUCGACGAUGCCAAGGAUGAUGGGUACACGGCACUGCACCUAGCAGCGCUGAACAACCACGCCGAGGUAGCAGAGUUGCUAGUUCGAGGAGGUGCGAGACCGGAUCUCCAAAACGCCAACCUGCAAACAGCGCUACACCUCGCCGUCGAACGACAACACACACAAAUUGUCCGCUUACUCGUCGCACAUGGAGCGAAUCUCAAUAUUUGUGACAAGACACCUCUAGAUUUGUGCCCUGACCCGAAUCUUUGCAAGACAUUGACGUCAUGUCGCAAGGAAGGAGCGAGUUUAGGUAGCGAGGGCACUCCGGAGAGCGAGCCGUGUUCACUGAAUGCAGCGACAGCGAGCACGUCGGGCGUGACGACCGCGACACCCGCGCCCAGCGCGGAGACCGCCGCCGCCCUCACCACUCCUACACAGCCUGCGUCCUCUGACCCCACGGCAGACGAGUGCCUCGUUUGCUCCGAUGCCAAACGAGAUACACUGUUCCGUCCGUGUGGACACAUUUGCUGCUGUAGCGUCUGUGCAGCAAGGGUGAAGAAGUGCCUGACGUGCCGCGCGUGCGUGGUGUCCCGGCAGCGCGUGGGCGAGUGCGUGGUGUGCUCGGAGGCGGCGGCCGCCGUGCUGUGCCGGCCGUGCGGACACGUGUGCGCCUGCGCAGCCUGCGCGCCGCUCAUGCGCAAGUGCGUCGAGUGCCGCACGCCGCUGCAACACGCCGCGCCUGCUGCGCCCGCCGCGCCAGCCGCGCCAGCCGCAUCCGCCGCGCUGCAACCACCCGCACCACACAAAAUCGACUUGGAAAAGGAGAGUAGCAGCAACCUGGCUCAGGUGCAGGUGAACAAAGGACAGCCCGUGCCGGCCCAGUCGGCGCCGCACUACAUGAACAACGGGUCUCGCUUCGCGGCAGCCCCGGCACUGGCCGCCAGCAGCCCGCAGGCGGGGGCUGCGCCCCCCACGCUGGCGACUCCUGCAGCCACCGCGACUCCUGCGCCCGCCGCGGCUGAUGUACAGAAACUGCAGCAACAGCUCCAGGACAUCAAAGAACAGACGAUGUGCCCGAUCUGCCUGGACCGGCUGAAGAACAUGAUCUUCCUGUGCGGGCACGGCAUGUGCCAGAUGUGCGGCGACCGGAUCACGGUCUGCCCCAUCUGCCGCAAGCAGGUCGAGAAGCGCAUCCUGCUCUACUGA